UCAACAUUUGAGUGCGCCAUGGUUGUUGACUGUCCACCAUCAGUCAUCACCUUCACUUCCUCUCUUUCUAUACCAGGAGAAGAAGAAAGAAGGCGAAGAAGAAGAGAAAAAUCAAAAUGGGAACCCUAAAUCCAAAUCCCCAAUCAAACCAAUUACCCCCAGGUUACAAUCUCCUUCCUCUUCUCCAAUCAAAAACAAUCGGAUUCUACCGAAUCACAGUUCUUAUACUAACAUUUUGUUCAUACGCUUCAUUCCAUGCUUCUCGUAAACCCCCAAGUAUUGUCAAAAGUGUUCUUACAAACCCUUUAAAUUCCACAUCAAAUUCUGCUGAUUCUGAUUCUAGUAAUGGUUGGGCACCGUUUAAUGAAGGAGGAGAACGUGGAACACACAGGUUAGGUGAAUUAGAUCUUGCAUUUCUUUCAACUUAUUCAAUUGGUAUGUAUUUUGCUGGACAUAUUGGUGAUCGAAUUGAUCUUCGUUAUUUUCUUACAUUUGGUAUGAUUUUUAGUGGGUUUUCAACUAUUUUCUUUGGGUUAGGGUAUUGGUGGAACAUACAUAGUUUAGGUUUUUUCUUAAUUGUUCAGAUUGUUAGUGGUUUGUUUCAAUCAAUUGGAUGGCCUUGUGUUGUUUCUGUUGUUGGUAAUUGGUUUGGGAAAUCUAAAAGAGGAUUAAUUAUGGGUAUAUGGAAUUCGCAGAUGCCGAUUGGGAAUAUAUUAGGUUCUGUUUUAGCUUCGUCGGUGUUGGAAUUUGGAUGGGGUUGGUCUUUUGUUGUUCCUGGGGUGUUUAUUAUAUUGGUUGGGGGUUUGGUUUUCUUGUUUUUAGUGGUUAGUCCUGAAGUUGCUGGAUUUGAAUCACUUGGUGAUGGAAUGGAAAUUGAAUUGAAUAAGUAUGAACAAAUUCAAAAUGAUAGAACAAGUACUAGUAGUAGCAUUGUUUUGCAAGAAGAGAAUUCGGAGAAAGAAAAAGAAGUUCAAUGUAUUGAAGCAAAUGUAGAAUUACAUAAAGUUGAUGAAGAAAAUGAGGCUGGUCUUCUUCAUACUGAAUCUCAGUAUUCAGAUUCAGAUGGGGUUGUGGGUGCGGUUGGAUUUUUUGAGGCUUGGAGAUUACCUGGUGUAGCACCUUACUCCUUUUGCCUCUUCUUCUCUAAGCUAGUGGCUUACACUUUCCUCUACUGGUUGCCUUUUUAUAUAAGCCAUACAUCUGUUGCUGGUGUCCAUUUAUCACAUAAAAUGGCUGGGAUACUUUCUACCAUCUUCGACUUAGGGGGAGUUGUAGGAGGAAUCUCUGCAGGCUACAUUUCGGACAAAAUCGAGGCUCGUGCAGUAACUUCUGUUUUGUUCUUGCUAUUUUCUAUACCAGCCCUGAUUCUGUAUCGAAUUUAUGGGAGCACCUCAAUGGCCACAAACAUAUGUUUAAUGUUUCUUUCGGGAUUGUUUGUGAAUGGUCCGUACUCUCUUAUAACAACUGCUGUCGCAGCUGAUUUGGGUACACAGAGCAGCUCGAAUGGCAAAGGGAAUUCCCGAGCUUUAGCAACUGUGACUGCAAUUAUAGAUGGUACUGGUUCUAUCGGGGCAGCUCUGGGACCACUAUUAACUGGAUAUAUAUCAACUAGGGGAUGGAAUUCUGUCUUUGUGAUGCUCAUCCUAUCAAUUCUUUCUGCGGGUCUUUUCUUGUUUCGAUUAGCCAAAGCUGAGGUGAUCAGCAAGAUGAAUGAGAGAAAAUGGCUUUGGAACAGAAUUUCAACUACUCAGUGAUAGAAACAUAUGAUUCUCAGCUGUAUCUCAUGAACUAGGAGGCCUGGCCCUGAAGGUGCAAGCGCACAGGGUCCGUCGGCAAAAAGCUAAUGGGUAUCUGUAGUUCAUACAUUUUUUCUUCUGCUUGGGUUAUAGCUUAUUAGAAAUUCUUACACACAUACCAAAAACAAGGUUUUAUACUAAAAGUCUAAAACUAUAAAACCAUGUCAAUCAUAUCAUUUAUAUGACCCUAAAUUACUUUCUUCUUUCCCUUAGUCGAUUAUUGCGACAAUGGGAACCUCUGAAGAGUCGAAACCCUAAAGCAUUACUUAUUCUUUUGGGGAUCACUACACUUACAAAGGUCGGUUUGUAGAUUUGAUAAUUUCACCACUUUUACUGCCUAUACUGAUGCAAAUUCAUUGAUUUUUCCUAUGAUUUUCUUUUUAGUCUUGUAACAGCAUUGCUAGUUUAGGUCUAAAUAACAAGACUAACAUUUUUUUGAUUCGUCUAUCACAAAUUUGUAGGGUUAAUGGGAUUAAGGAUGAAGGAUUUGUUAUUUUUCUUUUAUUUUGAAAUUCAGAUUAUCUGUCAAUGGCUAAUUUUAUGUACUUGUUGUUCUUGAGUCAACAAAUUAACCUAUGAAUUGUAUUAAUAAUAUUGGAGUACAUGUUUUCAGUAAAUUAAGAUCAACUUGUGACUUACUA